UAAAUGACAGUUUGUAAUUGUUAUCAACUGCGGGAUUGUUGGAAAACACUAGCAUUUUUUGGUCAAUUUAUUUCCCUCUUUUAUCAGAUACUGUUGGCAUAAUAUUUACAUGUAUAUCUUCUCAAGAUGAACCAGACAAUUAACGUAGAGCAAUUAAAUUCUGCUUUAAACUCCCUGAGAACUUUGCGUUCCAGCGUCAGUCAUGUGUUCGAAACUUUGUCCAACGGGCUGCGAGCAGACCACGGCGAAGACGGGAAAGACAAGUUUCUUCUAGAACUCCAAGAAUUACUGAACAAUGUGAACAUAAACCUUAGAGAUUUGGAACAAACUGUGAACGGACUGCCCAUACCUACAGCGCCUUUUAACUUGGGGAAUACGACAUACCUCAGCCAAGAGACCACUCAAGAUAGACAGGCGUUGUACACGCAGCUUGUCAAUAGCUACAAAUGGACGGAUAAAAUACACGAAUACAGCUCUUUUGCCCAUACUCUGUUAAGUCAAAAUUCUUUGAAACGCUCCUAUAUAAAUUCGGGCAGUACAAAAAGACGAGGCAAGUUGCAGAGUAACCAUAACGUGGCACCACUGCAGGUCGAUAAUGUCAUAAAUAACAUUGACAGGUCCUAUAAUGACAUGAAAAUCACAAUAUCACGACCAUUUGCAAGUAAUGCUGUAGUACAAAUCAAUUUAAGCCAUGUUCUAAAGGCUGUAGUCGCAUUUAAAGGCCUUCUAAUGGAAUGGGUAAUGGUGAAAGGUUAUGGAGAAACCCUUGACUUAUGGACUGAGUCUCGGCAUCAUGUUUUCCGAAAGGUGACAGAGAAUGCGCAUGCGGCAAUGUUGCACUUCUACUCUCCAACUUUGCCAGAGCUAGCGGUGAGGUCCUUCAUGACUUGGCUUCACAGUUACGUAAACCUGUUCAGUGAACCAUGCAAGCGUUGCAGCUGUCACCUGCACCACACAUCCCUCCUGCCUCCCGCGUGGCGUGACUUCCGCACUCUUGAGCCAUUUCACGAUGAGUGCAAGCAAUAGUCCAUGUGGUAUUGAAUGGGAUGGCUGUGAAGCUGUUCUCAUUCAAUAUAUUAACAGACUUUUAAAAAUGUGUUCAUGCGAACUGUUAGUGCCUCCCAAAUUGUUCUAAGAGGCUUUUGUUGAUUCUGCAAUUUUUGCUACAAAAGAAUACUAUUAUUAUAGAAAAUUAUUUGCCUUUUUGAACAGUAUUGGGACACAUAUUUAAUAGAUAAAUAACAGUGCUUGAAUUCAGCGAAUUAUAAUUUUAAGGUUGAACUAUAGUGCAGAGUGAAUGUUGUGUUGAAGCCAGAACAAUACAAAAAGAUGACAGAUAUUGCUACACAGACUGGAUUAUAGAUUUAUCAUCUUUGCAUAAGUUUUUGUAUUAUGAUAAAAAUGCUUAAUAAAAUAAUUAUAUAUCAAUGUACACACUUUAUUAUAUGGAAAUAAUCAGUAAAAGUCAAUUUACAGUAUUUAAUUGAACUUGUGCUUGCAAGAAUGGCCAAAUACUUUAUUCAAGGAUGUGGUCUUCAUACUCUGAUAGAGUUCCCAGUCUUGUUAAAAUCAAGUUUGCACAUAUGCCAUUCUUGUUCCAACUGCAGAUAUGACUAUAUUCAAUUCUAGUAUACUAGCUGCAAGUCUUAUGUAAAACUUAAUAUUUCUGAUAUAAGUCAGUAUUACAAUCCAUAUAGCAUUAAGCCCCUGAUUGUCACUCAAAAGACCGCAAUAAGAUUUUGAUUAUUAAUACGAAAUUUAAAUAAUUUUGUUUUGUACAAAAUUAUUUAAUACUUGGAGUCACAAAGACUUGCCUUGUACUAAAAGUGACUAUCAGCCUUUACUACUGUAAAUGAAUAAUUUACUAUUAUAAGGAUACUAAAUACAUAAAUGCAAUUUAUA